GAACUGCGACUUGCCAACAAAAUGAAAAAAUACUUUUACUUUCUAAACGUCACCGACCGAUGGGCGGAACAGGCCAGUCGGCCGAGGGCCGGAUACCAUUUGACGAAAGGAGGAACCGAGAAAUCUAGGAGAGAGGCUCCGAAUCGGACAUGGAAGGACUUCCGCCCAUUUUGUAAAUCUGCUACUUGUUUGUGAUUUGUGGCACAGAACGGGGAAGUUGUUGGUGCUCAUUUUUAGUUUCGCUGUGUUCAAAUCCUGUGGAGCAGGACAUUUUACGCAAAGGGACUCGCUGCGUGGUGAAACAGCGCAGGGAGCCUGUCCUAAGCACUUUAUUUAGUGCCACCGUUUGGGGGAAACAUCUACAAAACAUCUGGAGCGGCUGUGGUCUCUCUGGGCCUGGUGUUUUUUUUUUGUUUUUUUUUGCAGAGGAGUGGGGUAGCUGCGCUGACCACCGAUGGAACCGAUGGACUGGCUGAAGAACGAGGAACUCCUGCGGUUUUUCCACUGUAAAAAAACCGAAAUGUCCUGCAUGGAGAACCCGCACACGUUUCUCAGCCAGCUCCGGGAUCACGACCUGAUCCAAGAGGACCGAUACAAGAAGGUGAGUCGUAUGAAGAGUAAAGACAACAUAAGGAAAGGUCUCUAUGAUAUUCUGGACUGGUUGGAGAGAGAACGAUCACAGAGCGUCAGAGAGUUCUGGAGCUGCGUCUUCGAGGAGACCAUCCUGAACCAGUAUCCCGCCCUGCGACUGCUGCGCAACAGCCUCAUGGACGGGUCUUUCCAUUUUGACAAACAACUACCAGAGAGGAAAAGGAAGGAGCUUUCAGAAGGUGAGGAGGGAGAGGAGAAGCAAGAGAACUCAGUGAAAAAGAAGAGAAAGCUGAGAAGUAGGAGCGUGUGCGUCGAUGAGGAAGAGCCGGCCGGUCCAUCAGCUCAGAUGACUCCCAGGAAAAUGUCCAAGAAAAUAUGCUUCUCCUCUCCCCUGAAGAAGGGAGGGGAGAACAACAUUUGGAGCUGGCCCAUGUAUAAGUUCCAGCUGCCCGUGACCUGUGGAGACAAGGAGGGAACACUGAACAGAGGCAGACUGGAUAAAGGGGAGAAGUGCAUUGUGGUCGGGAGACAGUGGUUCACUCCCAAUGAAUUUGAGAGGUUAGCGGGGAGGAAGAGUUUCAAGAACUGGAAGUUGAGCAUUCGAUGUAUGGACACCACCCUGGGACAACUUAUAAAGGACGGUCACUUGACAGCAGCAAAGUACAAAGGAGGUAAAAAGGCCAAGAAAUCACUGUUCCCAUCUGGUCACUCAACCACAGUGUCUGACGAAGAUGAAGGUGAAGAGGAGGUCAGUGACCUGGACGAGGAAGACGAGGUUUCGUCAAGCAGCAAAGAAAGUUCUGCAGCUGUCACAGACGAGGAAGAAGAGGAACGGACUGAGCAGCAGCCAAAAACCAGCCAUGACAGUGGCAGGAAGGUGUUCAGAGUCACAUGUGGAGCUGUAGCGGGGACUUUACAUGAAAAACGAUUUGUGUCAGGGACUCGUGGGAAGAGUAUUCGUACUGAGACGAACUGGAUGACCCCGGUGGAGUUCCUAGAGGUGGCACCACGUCAGACGAAUGCCUCUUGGAGGAAAGACAUCAAGUAUGAAGGGGAACCGCUCAGUGUCCUCAUAGAGGCAAACAUCUUGGGGAUCCACUCUCUGCUGUGUAAUUGCAGACUGUGCAAACCAGAAGACGAAGACCUGGAGAAUGAGAAAAACGAUGACGAGUGCUGCAUCUGUAAAGAGGAAGAAGAGUUGGUGAUGUGUGAUCACUGCCCUCGCUCCUUCCACCAGAAAUGUCACCUGCCUCAUGUAGAAGACGUCAUUUUACGGGACAAUGGCCUGUGGAUGUGUACACUCUGCAUAUUCAGAACAAGUCGAGUGUAUUUAUACUCUGAGGAGCUGGAAAGAGAAGCAACCAUGUUGUGCCAAAUAUCCAAACGCAUACUGCAAUGCCAGUAUCUCCUUCUGUGUCUGUGCAGUGCUGAUGAGGAACACACAUUUGCUGCGAACCCAUGCCUCUAUUUGAAUGGCUACUCCACCGUGAUCCAGACUCCGAUGUGGCUGGGUCAUAUAGCAGACAAACUCCAGAAGAAUCUCUACCAGACCGUUGGAGAGUUUGUGAGCGACGUCCAGCUCAUUUUCUCCAACUGUGCUUCAUACAACCGGGACAAUGCUGAAUUCCUCGCCAGGGGCAACAGACUGAAGGAGUUAUUUGACAGAGAAUUUAAGAGCGUGCUCAACAUCAGUGAAUAGGCUUGUGACAGAUCAGCAGUGUUCUGUUGUCAAACUCAGAAGCGGCUGGGAAAAGGUUAAGCAUGUGUAAAUAUGCCUGUGGUACCUAUCUUUUUAAACAUAACCCUCCUAUGUGGUUGAAAUAUCCCAAAAUAAAUGAUUCCCAAUCAAGAGAAUGCAAGGGACUUUUACUUGAAUUAUGACAACACGUUUCAAUCUAUAAUUCUACUACAAUGCAUUAAAAAUAGUUUCUUCCCACUAUUUAUUUUCAUUACUCAUAAAAUAACCGAAUGUUUAACAUUUCAACACUUUCCAUACGAUCAUGCAGCCCAGAGUGCUUUACAGAGCAAGAUUAAAACAGCACAGAUAACAAGUAUUUCCCCUGUGUGUUGUUCUCAACAUUUUUUUAUUGCCACGUUUUUUAAAUGUAUUUUUUAUUAUGGUGUUACACCACGUGUGAGGAGGGUUCCAAACUGAAUGUAUUGUAAAAGUCAGUAUUUGACUUUUAAAGUGCAAUUAAUUUGCACUUUCUCUUUCUGUCUCGAUCUCUGAUCUGUGGCUUGUGGAUUUCUGUUUUCAAAAUAAAAUAGUAUCUUGUGUA